AAAUUAAAAAAUGGCCGGCCCAUUUUCACUAUCCAGUUACAGAGAAAAGAGAGCCCACAAAUUAAAAAAAAAUAAUAUGCGAGUCUCCUCCUCUCUUUCCAUCACUUCGUCAGAAUAACACAUCUACACCAAACAAAUAUCCAAACCACCCAGAAUAAUAUCCGUUCACCAUAACAAAUAUCCUCUAAGACCAAUAUCUAGUGAGCCCAUAAUUAAUAUCCUCACCAUAGAUACUAAUACCCACCUCACACAGAUUAAUAUCUGACAAUCGCAAACAAAUACCCACGACGAACAGAUUCAUAUUUGACCAUCACAGACAAAUACCCACGACGAACAUAUUAAUAUAUGACCAUCGCAGACUAAUAUCAACUACACAUAUCCGAACCACCUAAACUAUUCUCCAUUCAUUGCAAACUAAUAUUAUUGUUUCAUGGGCCGAAGCGGGGAUUCCCCGCGUUUACUAGGUCGGGGGCGGUCGGAUACCCGCGACCAUGGGUUUGAUUGCCAUCCCUAAUCAUGAUAUCUCAAUUUAUUGCUGUUGGGAUAUGGAUUAAUAUGCCUACACGACUAUAAACGAGCCCAAGCCCACCGCAAGGCGUCUUGGGCCCAAGCCCUCUCAAGGAAGCCCAAACCCUAUAUAAGGAGGCCUAACCCUCCAAACUAAGGAGAUUCUCUUUUCCCUUCCUCACUUUCCCCUAAGGUCUCUCUCUCUCUACUUUAUCUCUCUACAUACCAUACACUCUCCUAUAUCGUACUAACUUGGGCGUCGGAGCGUAUCCCGGGGGCCGCACCCCGCCUCACAGGUUCUUCCACUCCCGAAGAGAUCAGACGAGGGAGUCCAGAUCGGAGCCCCAUAACCGCCUAGAACAUUCUAGGCACCAAACAAUUUGGCGCCCACCGUGGGGCUAAGAUUUUGGUACUCUUUUCGUUUGAUUUCUGAAAGAGGGGAAGAAAUCAGCUCCCCCGUCAAUUACAAGCAGCCGCAACAACUAUCAAAAUAGACGAAAGCGGCCGGAGCAAAAGAAGAAAAGUAAAACAACUAAGUUGACCAAUCCAACCUCUCGAUCGGUGACAUUGCUAGUCGGCGUUGGAGCUCUGGUGAAAAAAAGGAAGAAACUGAGAUCUUAGGAAGAAAUCUAUUCUUUCCACUCUAAGACAAGCGACGGUAGCUAGCUGCUCAGCAGACGAACUAGCUAGGAAGACGAACAUCAGCUGAAGAAAAAAAAAUUGUCGGGUACUGGGGACCUUGCUAGUUGGAGCUCCGGUGAGGUAAAAGAAGAAGAAGCCUCAAAAGUCACGCUUUGUUGUCACCUUGUUCUUGUACAACUUCUCCUCGAAAACUGCUCUACCGCUACUUUUGCACUCUACCCCAACAUCUUUUGACUUUUGUGACUAAAAAAGUAGAGACUAUUCUGCUGCUACAGUGGAGUCACAUCAGCUACUUUUAUCUCACUUUUUGGUUCACGCACUACAGUUUUCUCCACCAGUCAUUGCUUUGUGGGCAUUGGGCCCACUUUGCUGUUUCUACCAAAUCCGGCCCGCCUACCCAAUCAGACCGCUGUUGCUUGCCAUGUCACCUUCGAAGCCCACCACCACCAAGUGCGCGCGGUCCGCUUCCAACUCCAGGGCCCCAUUGCGCGCGUCCAAGUUCCAACUGUUCACUAAGUCGCCUUCUUCGCCGUCCCCUACGCGGUCCAGACCCAUUGUGCGGCCCCGUUUUCAACUGCUUGGCAUGUCACCUUCGAAGCCCACCUCGACCAAGUGCGCGGUCCACUUCCAACUCCUGGCCCAUUGCGCGCUCUGCUUCCACCGCUUCCAAGUUCCAACUGCUCAUCGUGUCACCUUCGAGCCCAGCUCCACCAAGUGCGCGGUCCGGUGUCCAUCCUCGACCAAUAACGCCCGCAUCUUCAUCAAAAAAGAGAAAGUAAAGGAAAUGCGUCUACUUAGUUUCAAACCUGCGUUCAAAGAUUGGAAAGAUGAUGAGCAUACCACUGCACCACAAGCGGCUAUGUGAGUUAAUGUCGCGACAUGCUUUAUUUUUACUAAUGAUCCCCUCCAAGCCAACUUAGAGCUCCGACAACCAAGGCCCGAUCGACCUGCCAACCGCCUCACGUCAGUCAGCCCGUGCGGCCUGUACUACGAUCCAGUCCAGUCCACAUCGCAAGCCCAUCUCGGACCGCCUUCAUCAAAGCACGCUCCAGCACGCAUCCACUCACAAAGCGGACCACCCUGCAAUCAAUACGCGCACCUCUC